CCAACUAAUCAUCAAUGGCACCCUAUUCCCCGGAUCUGUGGCUUCCCCUGGUUCUCCUAUUCCUCUCACUGCUGUUUCUUCUGAAGAAAAUAUUAGAGUUGAAGGAGCAAAAGGGGCCUCCUGGCCCUCCUAAGCUUCCCAUUAUAGGUAACUUGCACCAACUUGGUGCGUUGAUUCACCAAUCUCUGUGGCAACUAUCUAAGAAACAUGGCCCUGUAAUGCUCCUUCACCUGGGUUUUGUUCCUACCCUUGUAGUCUCAUCCGCAGAAGCUGCAAAAAAGGUGUUGAAAGAUCAUGAUAUUUCCUGUUGCAGUAGACCUCCCUUAAUCGCCAUUGGAAGACUGUCCUACAAUUAUCUUGACAUAUCUUUUGCACCAUACGGCCCAUAUUGGAGGGAGAUCCGAAAGAUAUGCGUUCUCCAGCUUUUCAGCACGAAUAGGGUGCAGUCAUUUCAGGUCCUCAGAGAAGCAGAGGUUGCUUUGCUGAUUGAUUCCUUGGCACAAUCAUCUUCUUCUGCAAGCCCCGUUGACCUCACUGACAAGAUCAUGUCUCUCACUGCAAAUAUGAUUUGCAGGAUUGCAUUUGGGAGGAGUUUUGAAGGGAGUGAAUUCGGUAAAGGGAGAUUUCAAGAAGUGGUUCAUGAAGCCACUGCCAUGAUGAGCAGCUUCUUUGCGGCUGAUUUCUUUCCAUAUGUCGGUAGGAUUGUGGAUAGACUCACUGGGAUUCAUGAAAGGUUGGAGAAGAGUUUCCAUGAAUUGGAUUGCUUUUACCAACAGGUGAUUGAGGAGCAUCUCAAUCCAGGAAGGAUGAAAGAGGAGCAUGAGGACAUUAUUGACGUGCUGCUCAACAUAGAGAAGGAACAAGAUGAAUUUAGUACAUUUAAGCUCACUAAAGAUCAUGUUAAAGCAAUCCUUAUGGAUUUGUUCUUGGCCGGAGUAGACACCGGUGCAAUAACCGUGGUCUGGGCAAUGACCGAGCUAGCUAGGAAGCCAGGAGUGAUGAAGAAAGUACAAGAUGAAGUCAGAAGUCACAUCCGAGAAAGAGGAAAAGUCAGGGGAAGUGAUGUUGAGCAGCUUCACUACCUCAAGAUGGUGGUUAAAGAAACCCUGAGACUACAUCCUCCUAUUCCACUUCUACUUCCAAAAGAAACCAUGUCCACUAUAGAGAUUAGUGGGUACCAGAUUUAUCCAAAAACCCAAGUCUACGUUAACGUAUGGGCGAUUGGGCGAGAUCCCAACCUCUGGAACAACCCAGAAGAGUUCUUCCCAGAGAGGUUUAUUGACGACUCCGUUGAUUUCAAAGGACAACAUUUUGAGUUUCUGCCCUUUGGGGCGGGGCGAAGAGUUUGUCCUGCCAUGAAUAUGGCGAUAGCAAUGGUGGAGCUCACACUUGCCAAUCUCUUGUAUCAUUUCAAUUGGAAACUGCCCCAUGGGAUGAAGGAGGGAGAUAUCAACAUGGAAGAAGCACCAGGCCUCUCUGUCCAUAAAAAGAUUGCUCUAAGCCUUGUGCCAAUCAAAUAUCGUUGACUAAAUAAAAUGAGCUUAUGAAGAAGUUUACUUGAUAUCGGUAGAUCUGGUUGUCAGAAUCUAUCAAUUGCCAGUUGGGUAGGGAAGCAGAGGUAAGCUCUGGUGUUUGAAUUAUCUAGUCUCUGUCAAAAUCACCAUUUCAAAAACCCCUUCAAAUUGUGUAGUAAAAAUAGUUUUUGGAAGAAGAUAAUUCCAAUUUUCUGACCAUGGUUAUCAAA